GAGGGGCCCUCGGAACGGCUGGUGUGCGGCUCUUUCCAGGGACAGCAGGGGAGUCCGACGCAGGUUCUUUGGGCGCCGUGGUUUCUGGAAGGCGGGAUGAUGUAAAGCGGGAUUCUCCUGAUAAAAGAAUUGCCGAGAAACCUGCUCAGGAGGGGGAAAGCCAUCUUAGGUACCAUCUGCCUGUGGGGAGCAUAUACUUUGACCAGUCCCUCGCCAGACGGCCUGUGCUCUUCUGAUUGGUCUGUCCUCAGGGUUGCCGCACGUUUCUGCAAAGCGUUAGUCUUUCAGACGCCACGUUGCCGUGGAGCCUACCAUCAUGCCGUCUUUCAGGGUGGAGACAUCCCAGCUGAGUGGAUUCACACUGCUCCUGCUGUAUGGCCUCCUGGUGUCCGCGCAAGAUGAUUUUUCCGGCUACCAUUCAGGUGAUGAGCAUGUCCUCGAGGGCUCUGUGGUGGACGUCUAUGAAGAGGAUUCAGGAUACCCCCUUCCAGACGAGGUCCGGUUGGAUCCCACCACAAGCUACGAAGAGCAGACGGCCUCCGCCUACGACCCCUACCACCCUUAUGACCCUGCCUCCUCCGUCGUCACUAUGAUAACGGAGGACGCAUAUCCCUACGUGGCAACCACAUCCCAGUCGUACGACUAUGCCAAGGAGGUAACCACGGUGACCACCCAGGUGCCCUACUAUGAAAACGGCAUCGCCACCCUAGGGGAGGAGGAGGGCCCCACGGACUGCGACUGCCUUCCUGGAGAGCCUGGAUUUGCCGGAUUUGCUGGGCCCAAGGGUGCCAGAGGGGAGCAGGGUAAGGAUGGAUUCCCUGGAGUGCAAGGACGGGAGGGGUACAAGGGAUUCAAAGGGGUGCCUGGAAGAAGGGGGGACCCGGGCCCUGAGGGAGACCCUGGGGAGGAUGGGGCUGAGGGGGCGUCAGGCUUCUCUGGAGCCCUGGGUGAAACUGGGCUCCGUGGGGACAAGGGAGAAGCUGGGGACCUGGGUGCAAAGGGUGAAAUCGGCAUGACUGGCCCGUGGGGUGAAGUCGGAAUCAAGGGCAAGACAGGACCAUUGGGAGGAGUUGGAAAACCUGGAAAACCUGGAACCAAGGGGAUAAAGGGAUCGAUUGGGACUCCUGGGAAAAUGGGGCCAGAUGGUGAGAUGGGAAUGAAGGGUCAGACUGGAGCCCCUGGCUUCUCAGGAGACAACGGAGAAACUGGUUACAUGGGGUAUCCAGGAAUCCCAGGAGGCAGAGGAGAACCUGGACUAAAGGGAGACAAGGGCUUGGGGGGCAUUCCAGGCAGUGACGGGGAACCUGGAGAGGAUGGCCCUCUAGGGGUGCCGGGGGUAAUUGGAAUUCCUGGACCACUGGGCGUUAAGGGGGACAAAGGGGAUCCAGGCCCUAGGGGACCCCAAGGACGAGUGGGUGCACGGGGACAACAAGGGGAGAGAGAAGAUGCCGGCAUUCCAGGGAAGCCGGGAGCCAAUGGCCUAAAGGGCCAGCCGGGUGCCAAAGGGGAGACUGGAGUGGACGGUGAGAAGGGAGCCAGAGGACCACAGGGGUUAAAGGGCACGAAGGGGCAGAAGGGUAGCGCCGGUUUCCGUGGUGAUAAAGGGAAGCAUGGUGAGAGGGGCUUUGCGGGACCCCAUGGAGCUGUUGGCCGUGUGGGCCCCCCAGGAGUGCCGGGUCCCCGGGGCAAUCCUGGUGCUAUGGGCGACAUCGGGGUUAGGGGUACCCCAGGACCCAAAGGAGUACCAGGGCCCCCCGGACCAGGACUAUCCGACGAACAGGUCCUCCAGCUCUGCCAGGGAGUGGUGACAGCUCAGAUUUCACAGUAUGCCGUGUCCAUCCGUGCCAAAUGUGCCCAGGGCUGCCCCGUCAACCACCGCACCCUAAUAGGCCCCCCCGGGAUCAGGGGCCCACCGGGAGCCUCAGGCAAACCCGGUAAACCCGGCAAGUCCGGCUCCAAGGGAGCCAGUGGGCCGAGGGGGGACAUGGGAUUGCCAGGCCAGGAGGGCGCAGCAGGACAGAGAGGCCAGAAGGGCACCAAAGGGGUCCAAGGUGACCCUGGCACAGGGCUGCCAGGAAUCGAUGGAUACCAGGGCCUCAGAGGCUUUCCGGGGCACCCUGGUCAGCCGAGAAAUGGGACAGAUGGUCCCAUGGGGCCCCGUGGAUACCCAGGCCCAAUGGGCCAGUCAGGAGGGGCUGGGCUUGCUGGGGUGCCGGGCGUGUGCGAGGCUCGAGACUGCAGCAUCCAUGCCCCAGUGAUGCGGAAGGAGCAGGGCCUGGUGAAGGGACCACUCAGUCCCCAGAUAUAGACACUUCGUGGUGGCACAGGAUUGUCCUAAAGCUGUUCAUAAGCACAGAACUAUACCCAUAAUCCCCCAGUCUGACCCUAUCCAUCCUUACCUUACGGUACACUAAACUUACCCACCCCAAACCCCUACCAUAAUCCAUCCAAUAUUACCCAUACUGCCUUGCUAGCUUUAGUUGUUACACAAGGGGUAGGUGACCCUCAGAGCUGGGAGGAAGCAAAAAACGCGGACUGUCUGGGGGUCCUCAAGGACCAUUUUAAGAAACACAGCUCUAAUUACCCCAGAGCCCCCCAGCACAAAAGACAGCCACCUGUAUAAAGUAGAUUUCGGGAGAGUAGACCGAAAUUAGCUUUCCCAUCACAUAAUUCAGUUUUUGAUUAGAAGAGAUUGCUUUAUUAUGAUGUCACAUUUUUUAUCAAUACAAGGACAAAAAUAAUGUAAAUAAUAAAAAAAAAUACAUAACAUUCAUAAACUCACUUGUAAAUGUCAUGAAGACGUCCCUGUGUUGCAUUUCAGGAACAUGGCUAACUGGGGAUUCGAGCAGUUAAUUUGAAAUGCGCUUAACGCUAAGAAGCAUUUACUGGUUCUGAUGCAUCUUCUUCAGCAGCUGUAUUAUGAAUAUAAAGCCUGAAACUGUUCACAUAAAAAUAUGCACAAAAAACAAA